CUUCCGACUCUUUGUGUACAUUGACCUGUCAGCGAACGGCUACGAGACACUAACGUUAAUUUCAUCCGUUUCAAGUCAAAUGGGGGCUUGUCUGGCAUUGUGCUCUUUAGCCAGCUGCGCCUCCUGUCUGUGUGGCUCAGCACCAUGCCUGCUGUGUGGCUGCUGCUGCUGCUCCUCCAACAACUCCACCAUCACUCGGCUGGUUUUCUCCUUCUUUUUGCUGCUGGGUACCUUGGUGUCCGUCAUCAUGAUCCUUCCUGGAAUGGAGACGGAGCUCCGUAAAAUCCCAGGAUUUUGCCAGGGAGGAAGUGCUAUACCUGGUUUUGAAAACCAGGUUAACUGUGAUGUCAUUGUGGGCUACAAGUCUGUGUACCGCAUGUGCUUCGCAAUGACCUGCUUCUUCUUUCUCUUCGCCGCCAUCAUGAUACGUGUCCGUAGCAGCAAAGACCCUCGUGCGCCUAUUCAAAAUGGGUUCUGGUUCUUUAAAUUUCUGAUCCUGAUUGGGAUUACAGUGGGAGCGUUUUUCAUCCCUGAUGGAACAUUUCCUACGGUGUGGUUUUACUUCGGCGUUGUGGGAUCCUUCAUCUUCAUUCUGAUCCAACUUAUUCUUCUCAUUGAUUUUGCCCACUCCUGGAACAAGGCGUGGGUAGAAAAUGCUGAAGAUGGUGACAACAAAUGCUGGUUUGCAGGCCUGCUCUCUUUCACCUUACUCCACUAUGCUCUGGCUUUCACUGCUGUGGUGCUUUUCUACGUUUACUACACACAGCCUGACGACUGCACAGAGCACAAGGUCUUCAUCAGCCUCAACCUCAUCCUCUGCAUCAUCAUUUCCAUCGUCUCCAUUCUGCCUAAGAUACAGGAAGCACAGCCACAAUCUGGUUUGCUCCAGGCUUCACUUAUCUCCCUCUACACCAUGUAUGUCACUUGGUCCGCAAUGACCAACAAUCCAAAUCGAAAUUGUAACCCCAGCCUGUUGAGUAUAGUGUCCAAUAUCAACACCACUGAGCCAUCUGGUGACGGCACCCAAGGACAGGUGCAGUGGUGGGACGCUCAGAGCAUUGUUGGCCUGCUCAUCUUCCUCUUCUGCACUCUCUAUGCCAGUAUCCGUUCGUCCAGUAACACCCAGGUAAACAAGUUGAUGCAGACAGAGGAGGGUAGAGGGUCAGGCGGAGAGGGUGUGGUGGGAGAGGACGGCAAACUCAGGGCCAUGGACGACGAGGAGGAGAAAGUCUCUUACAGCUACUCUGUUUUCCACUUCCACCUCUGUUUGGCCUCUCUGUACAUCAUGAUGACUCUCACCAACUGGUACCAACCAGAAACCACCACCCAGGCCAUGCAUAGCAGUAUGCCAGCUGUGUGGGUGAAGAUGAGCUCCAGCUGGCUGGGUCUUGGACUCUACCUCUGGACCCUCGUCGCCCCUCUCAUCUUCCCUAAUAGGGAUUUCAACUGAGUAUGCCUUGUCUUUUAGCUGUAUUUGGUUGUUUUGUUUAUUUCCCUGUGUAUCCAGCUGUGUGAAGGAAAAAGGGAAGGAUGUUAUUAAGGAAAUGUAUUUUUUUUUCUUUCUAUUAAUUGUCUCUGAUUUGAUUGUCCUUUUGUUGUUUUACUUCUCUGUGUGAAUAUUUUGUGCAAUAAUUAUUUGAAAAUGUAAAUGGUUUCAUUAGUUGGCCUGAUUGAUGAUGGAUUUGCCGACAAGAAGUUAUUAUUUUUUGCUAAUGACUCCCCUUCAUAGGCAAAUCCCUACUUUCCGCAUGAUGUAGUCUGAACUCUACAACAAGGCACUUUCUAGAUGCCUCUGACUUCUCUGAUUGGCCAGGUCUGGAAUCCCUGAUUAGCUGGACUCUCUUAGUGCUGGAGGCAACGAGGAGAACCCUUCUUCGGAGCCCCAGAGUGAGUUGAGUGUGAGAAUUAGAUAAGACUAAUGUGACACGCCCUACAGAUCAUAGGGCUUCCCUUUAGCUGCCCGACUGUAUGCAAAUCCACAUCAUUACACAUCAAGCCAGAGAUUCUUAAGAGACCACCAGUCAAAUCUCAGCUCUUCCUUGUCCAACGUAGGAUAUUUUAUCUCUGGUGCUACGCCUUUCCAUGUCUGGCUGUGUUUGGCCCUGUGUAGCCACAGGCAGCAACCUGUACCAGUAUAGUCUGUCUGAAGCAGGGACACAUGUAUUGAUCCAUAGCAGUCCACGUCAUGCGAUGUGCAGCGGUACAGUUCAGGAGGAGGCCUGUGCUCUCUCAAAUCCCAUUAUUUCCAGUAUGUUGCAGCAGAGCGUGCUAUUGAGAUAAGUUGGAACAAUUACUUUUGAAUCGUUACAAAACAAUGAUACAUUUCAGAAGUUAUGAAUUGCUGUUAAAUGGUACUAACUUUCAUGGUCGCUUUCAAAAGGUUUAAAUAAGACCAGUAUUUAUUGUACUUUUAAUUUCUUUUUGCUUCAAUACUGAGAAUGUUAUUAUUAUUUUCAAACAUUUCAAUGCCCACACAUGAAUCAGAUUUCCUGUCCGGCUGUAUAAUGAGUAUUAUAAACAGAGUUUUUCAAAGUGUUGCGAGGAAUUUUGAGCUUUUGAGAAUUGACGGUUUUAGAUCAUAACUUUUUAGAACAAAAAAACUGCCGCACACUUGCAUUCACAGAUAUUUAGGAAGGUUUCCGUACACAGUCCUUCAUCAGGUUACUUUACAAAACAAUGAGAGAGCAUGUCUUAAAUAAGUUGGUAGACCAAUCGGGUCACACUACUAAAAUGACAUCAGUCAAGAAUCAUUAACAUCAAUCAAUAAAAAAACAUAAUUACCAAAACAUUGUCAUUAAAUAGCUCUCAAUACAUGUGAAGAAGACUGUGCUGGAGUUUUUUGUUCUAUAUUGUCGACCCUAGGUAUUCUCUUACACACCUGUCGACCUGCUAGUGUGAGAACGUUUUCUCUAUUUAGAUCAUAACUUUUACCAUUUCAAAAAAACGUGCCUUCAACAAUAUUAAAACACUAAUGCUGACGUGUGUUAAUUAUGCCUUGCCAGUAAGGCAUGGGCUUAUGACAUGAAUUAAUAUUGUAAUUAAUGUAUACAUGCUGUUUUUAAUAAAGAUAAUAUAGAAAUAUA